AUUUCUGAGGUUACCCCCCUUUGUAAGUGCCAAAGAUGGCGGACAAAUUCGAGGCUUUGGAACAACAGUUAGAACUGUUUAUUGAAAAUACUCGUCAAAUGGGUAUCAUUGUCAGUGAUUUUCAGCCACAGGGACAGAAUGUUCUGAAUCAAAAGUUACAGACCAUGGUUUUAGAGAUGCAGGAAAUUGACAAAUUCCGUCCGCAGAUGCAAGAUGUCCAUGUCCCCUUGGAAGUUUUUGACUACAUUGAUCAAGGUAAAAACCCAAACCUGUAUACUAAAGACUGUUUGGAAAAAGCCUUGGCUAAAAAUGAACUGAUAAAGGGAAAGAUGGAUAAUCUGAAGAGGUUUAAGGCAAUGCUGAUGGUUGAACUUACAAAAGUCUUCCCAAACGAGAUGAGCAUGUACCGAGCCCUCAAAGGAGAUGAACGACCAACAUGACGACAACACUUGACAUUACGUGGAAUGUUGUGAAGAACUGCAGUCAAAACCAGGGCAUCUGAUCAUCAGUUUUGUGACCAAAACCUACACUUGGUUUUAUUGGAGGACACAACUCUCCAGGCACAUACCUGUCCGUGGCAGGGCGUUUACUUCCUCAACUGGAGGAAUCAGUGUGGUACAUGUGCUGAAAUAGCUAAACAUUGUGGAAUAGUGUUCGGCUGAAGACUUGAAGAAUCAGCUGGGAUUGUUUCAUUGACCCUUAAUGUAUCAUGUGUAAAUGUGAAUGUCGCUUUAACACGGCAUCAGCAGUUUUUCAGCUAUUCACAAUGAUCAGCGUGUUAUUGCUACUGAUGCUUCUGUGUUGAGCUGUCAUCAUAUAGAUCUUGUUUCUUUGUCUACUUUACCUGAUGCAGCAAAUAAUACUUUAGGCUAAAAAAAAAAUAAUAGUCUUGUUCUCAGGCACCGCCCGCAUCAUGAUAAAGUCUGCUGCACCUUUCAUUUUUAUUUCCAUUCUCAAAAAAACAUUUAAAAAAUCCUUAUACUCAUGAAAAAUGUGAUCCAAUGUAUCAUGCAGUUACUUCCCUUUACAUGCGCACUGUUUACUGUGCAUAACAUGUUAUGGUCAUGGCGGCAAUAGGUGUUUGUAUGCUUGUUAAUGUAUGGAGGAAAAAAAGCACCGCCCGCUCGCACUAUAUUUUCAAAAGUCAUUGCCUGAGAACCAAUUCCUUUUUUUUAAGCCUUAUGUAACUAUAUGAGAUUGAGAGAGAAAAUAGUGAUUGUUGUACAUGCUGUUGAACUGUGCUGUUUUCUUCAUCAUCCACUCUGUACAUGAUCCCAUGCAUCCGUCAUCUCACAUGUUUCAAUCAAUAAACAGCAAUGUGAUUCUG